AUGAAACGUAUUCCCGCACCCAAAAACGUUUGGGAAACUAUUGGAAUUGACUUUAAUGGCCCCUACGCUCACUUUGGAGGAAUUUACAUUCUAGUAGUGGUUGACUACAGAUCUAGAUUUCUCAUAGCAAAAGUAGUAAAAUCUACAAACUUCGACCAGACUAAGAAAGUACUUGACGACAUAUUCGGUAGAGACGGAUUUCCAGAUUGUAUUAAGAGUGACAAUGGGCCACCGUUCAACGGUGCGGAAUAUAAGUUGUAUUGUAGAGAAAGAGGGAUACAAACUGUAUAUUCAACACCUCUUUUUCCACAGCAGAAUGGUAUGGUCGAGAACUAUAUGAAACUUAUAAACAAAGCUAUGUCUGCUGCUAUCGUGUCAAAGACAAAUUUCCACCACGAGCUGCAAGCGGCUGUGGAAUCUCACAAUGCAGCCAAACACCGCGUUACCAAAUUAUCCCCAGAAGAGGUAAUGCUACGCAGAAAAGUUAAACGAGGUCUACCUUUAAUGAACAGAGGAGUAAUUCACGUUGAUGAUCAACUGUUAGACAAAGUGGAUUAUGAAUCAAAAUUGAAGGCCAAACAGCGAGAAGAUAUUCGCCGUGGGGCAAGGCAGUGUAGCAUAAAACCGGGCGAUCACGUGAUUGUUGAACGACUUAAGAAAACUAAGGGAGACACAAGAUUCUCUCUUAAAAGAUUUACCGUUUUAAGUGAGGAUAACGGCAAACUUCGCCUGACAGACGAAACAGGAAACAUAAUGGAUCGCCAUGUUUCACAGACAAAGAAAGUCCACAACUGGAGAGACGAGGAAAGUGAGCCAUCUAAUAGUGAAUGUCUGAAGGAGUCAGUCGUCGAGCCACUGCAGAGGCCCGUAAGAGACAGAAAGAAACCUUCGCACUUGCGGGAUUAUGUGGACACAAUCGAGAGGAAAGAUUUGCAAAUGUGA